ACCCCGCCAAAUCUUGUUUCGACUGUACCCCCCCCUUCCUCUCGAAGUAAGGGCUUGUUCUCUAUCACCUCAUUGCCAUUUCACCUUCGAUCGGUGGAUGUCGAUCCCUCGCAAGGCCACGUUGGACUGCCGCUUGCGGUCCACUGAUGGUUACGCAAUCACUUUCCGCAUUUAAUCGGGAAUUCUUUGCUAUCGAGAAUCACCUCUCCUGAGAAUCUUCGUGGGGAGGGAAUUGCGCCUCGACCACAUUCCUCUCAACCCGUUGCUGCGAUGUCAUUUAACGGUCGGGACCAGGAUCUUCGAUCCUCCCCCGCGACAGACAACAUUCCCCUGAAUGAUCUAGAGUCGGGAGCCAAUCGCGACUCCCAAGAAUCUACGAAAUGGACGAAUAUCACCGAUUUCACGCCGUCGCACAUCCUUUCCGAUCCCUCAAGUCGUGUCCAGGACUUCACCAACAAUUGGCAAGCAUAUUUGGAAUCAUUUUUGGACAAGCUUGCGAUCGCCAUUACGCCGAGUUAUUUGCAGCAUUUGGUCGGCGGCCAACCGCCCGAGCCCUCGAAACUUCAUGCCAUCGCAGCGCUGGACGGUUUGCGCGGCUGGGCCUGUCUUCUCGUGUUCAACUUUCAUUUCCUCUUCACAUACACCUGGAAAGUUGCGGUCGGAUGGGGUUUCAACCGUGAGAAUUACAACCUCUUCCAGCUGCCCAUCCUCCAUAUGUUAGUAUCCGGCCAUAUCAUGGUGGCCAUCUUCUUUGUGAUCUCUGGAUAUGUACUUUCCUACAAACCUUUGAGAAUGAUCCGCAGUCGAUCAUGGGAACAGACGUUCACCGUGCUGGCCUCCUCUACAUUCCGCCGUGGCCUCCGACUCUAUAUCCCCUCAAUCAUUGGCAUCCUGAUCGUUAUGCUGGCCGUGCGAUUGGGUGUAUAUGACUAUUCGCAGAAGGUCCUUUUCGAAGGCCACACGAUUCAGGGCACCAAUGAGCAGCAUCCGCCUAUCAUGAAGUCCUUUCACAAACAGUUCUGGAACUGGUACUCCACAGUAGUCCAUCUAAUGAACCCAUGGGAUUGGGCUCUGUACUACAAUCACUAUAAUCCACACCUAUGGACCAUCCCCGUGGAAUUCCGUUGCUCAAUCGUACUAUUCCUCACCAUCCUGGCCACCUCUCGCUUAACCACUGUCAUCAGGAUGUCUCUGGUCAGCACACUAGUCUGGUUCUGUAUGCGCUGGGGCCGUUGGGAUGUCGUUCUCUUCCUAAGCGGCAUGUUGAUGGCCGAAGCGGACCUGAUCAACGGCACAUGGGAGCGCCCGGCAGAAGGUGAAAAGCCAUGGAGCGUCCGUUUCCCAACGAAGUACCACCCUUUUCGACUGUCCAAUCGCAAGCUAUGGAUUGCGCUUUUCAUUCUCGGUCUCUAUUUCGGCUCGGCCCCCAACACCGGCUACAGAUGGACCCCAUUCUAUAUGUGGACCUGGAGCAUCACCCCAAAAACCUAUCCCGAACCGCACCGGUUCCCACAAACCAUCGGGGCAGUUCUCAUCGUCUUCAGCAUCAACCAUUCGAAAGACAUCCAGAAACUCUUCACAAACCCCGUCUCCCAGUACCUCGGCAAGAUCUCCUUCGCCUUCUACAUCGUGCAUGGGCCUAUCCUGCACUCGCUCGGGUACUCCCUUAUGCCCAAUAUCUGGGCGGUGAUUGGCAAGGACUCCAACUUCCAGUACUGCCUGGGCUUCCUGAUCGGUUGGCUCAUCUGUCUCCCUCUCUGUCUGUGGGCUGGUGAUAUCUACUGGCGCGCGGUGGAUAUUCCGAGCGUCAAGUUCGCCCGGUGGGUGGAGGAUAAGGUCAUUGUCAAGACGACAGGACAGGAGAAUGGUAGUGCAAACUCCCGUCGCGAGUGAUUGCUUCUCCAGGUUCUGUGUGAUUGUCGCGGAAAUGAGCUUUAUUCGAUAUUUGUUUUAGCGAGCGCAUCAUGAUGUUUAUAUAUUGUCUCUGAUGACUUGUUCUGUCUUUGAUUCUUUAUUCCCUGUUAUAUAUCAUGCCAUCUGUCCGGAAUAGACUAGAUC